AUGUAUCCUAUGAAACCUUAUAAUGAGGGAAUUGUUGUUAAACCGGCAAAGAUUGUUUAUGAAGUAUCUAGUUAUCAUAUAAAUUCUACAAAAAACAUUGAAAAUCAAAUGAGUAAAUUAGAAAUUAAAAAAGAUGAAAUAAAACCAAAAGAAUCUACAAAAAAGGUUGCAAAGUCUCCAUCAAAACAUCAACCUUUAAAUUCAAAAGAUAACGAAGUAAUUAUUAAACGUCUUUUAGAAUUAUCUAAACAAUUGGAUAUUUUUAUUGCGAAAGAAGGAGGCGAUAGUAAAAAUAAGAAGCAGGAGGAAAAAUGUUUGACUGAAACUUCCCAAAAUGUUUCAAAAAAGAAAGAGAAAAAGACUGAGACAAAUAAAUCUUCUGAUGUUCCUUGUCAAAAUAAACCUUUAAAUUCUUCAACAAACAGCCAACCAACUUCGCCCAAUAUUCAAACAACGCUUUCAAUUGAUGGAGGAUCGAAAUUUUCGUUUAAAGAACAACCAAAAAAUUCGCCAGAUAUUGUACAUGCCAGUGUUACUCCAACUACUGUACGUUUUCCUAUUCAUAAUUAUGAAGAUGUUGAUUUACAAAAAUGCUUUAUUGGAUCUAAAAUAAAUUGCAUUUUGCAAGAAUUUGAUAAACCUUUGGUUAAAUUGUUUAAAAUAAUUGGUUUGAAAAGAAAUGUCUAUUUUAUUGAAAAAGGAACGAACGAAGAAAGUAUUGAACGGGAAGGUGAAGCCAUAUCGAUUGAAAUUAGUUAUGGUCAGAAAGGUAAGAGAAUGUACAUUUUGAGUGAUUUAUCUUUUUUAGCUAAAAUUAGUGGAAAUGGCUUUGAUUUGGUUGGUGAAUUGGCUAUUUGGAAAUUUAUUGGUUCUCUGCUUGGUCUUUACUCAUUCAAUGAUGCAUCUGUUUCAUUAAAGAGUGAUAAGUGGCUUUUGGAGGCUUCGCUUCUUGAUAAUACUCGAAACAAUUUGGAUGAACUUUCACGUCGAUUAAAUUCAUAUUUGGGCGCUAAUGACUUUUUGAGUUCGUCUCAUGCUAUUUGUCUUGCUGAUAUUGUACUUCGUUCUCGAUUCUCCAAAGAUUAUAAAUUAAUUGAAUGGAAUCAAAUUGCAGCAGCAAAUAAUGUUCAAAUAUGGGCAAAACAUAUUGAUAGUGCUCUUCUUUAA